UCAACACAAGAAAAAGUGUCCCCGGCUGACGCCAUCAGCAUGUUAAGACACAAAAGUUGUAUUUAUCAACACAAGGUCGUCAUUGAUCAAAGGCAGGAUGCAGGGCCGGCCCCCCUCACCGAAUCGCUCGGGGCGUGGUUCGACUGGCUGCGCAACAAGGAUACAACCUCCCAGACAUCGAGUUUGUCCCAUUUGGAAGCCCUCUCGUCUCGGAUGCCCCCUCCCCCGAGGUACUUUUGUGAGGCGUGCAAUAAAUCCUAUUCCACCAUUGGAGGCCUCUCCAAACACCGCCAGUUUCAUUGCUCGGAGCACGUGAGGAAAGAGUUCGCCUGCAAGGUGUGCAACAAAUCGUAUUCUUCUUUGGGGGCUCUCAAAAUGCACAUCAGGACCCACACGCUGCCUUGCAAGUGCCAGGUGUGCGGCAAGGCGUUCUCACGGCCCUGGUUGCUGCAGGGGCACGUCAGGACCCACACGGGCGAGAAGCCGUUCAGGUGCAGCCACUGCGGUCGGGCGUUUGCCGACAGGUCAAACCUGAGGGCCCACCUCCAGACUCAUGCGGAUGUUAAGAAGUACGCUUGCAAAACUUGUGGGAAGACAUUCUCGCGGAUGUCAUUGCUCAGCAAACAUUCUGAAGGAAGCUGUCCUGGAAAUAGCAAGGUAUAG